AGGGCAGCGGAGCCAUGCGCACCCGCAAGAGGAAAGCCGAUGUGGCCACGUUCUUGCAGGAUCCGGAUGAAGAAGUCGCCAAAAUAGAAAUGAACAGGAAAAAGCAGUAUGAAAGCCAGCCGUCUUGGAAUAACGCUCACAAAAAUCCUCAUACCCUGAUUCCUACUCCGGAUAAGGAUGAUGAUCCCGUUGGUGUUGAUUACUCUCAGUUUAUUCAUCUAAGCGCUAAUCCAAGUAGAGCUUCACCACUACCAAUUCUGGGCUGGGCGAACAGAGAUGAUGUAUGGAAAAAUAUGAUAAACAAAGAGGAGAUGUAUGUGAGAGAUAAGCUUUAUAUGCAAAGGCACCCUCUUCUACAACCUAAAAUGAGAACAAUCCUUCUUGACUGGCUAAUGGAGGUUUGUGAGGUUUAUAAGCUUCACAGAGAAACUUUUUAUUUAGCACAAGAUUUCUUUGAUCGGUUUAUGGCAACACAACAAAAUGUUGUAAAAACACUAUUGCAGCUUAUUGGAAUCUCUUCUUUAUUCAUAGCAGCAAAGCUUGAGGAAAUUUAUCCACCGAAGUUGCACCAGUUUGCCUAUGUUACAGAUGGAGCUUGCACAGAAGAUGAAAUCCUCAGUAUGGAAUUAAUCAUUAUGAAGGCUCUUAAUUGGAACUUAAAUCCAUUGACAGUUGUAUCAUGGCUAAACAUUUACAUGCAAGUUGCCUAUUUAAAUGAGCUUUAUGAGGUACUGCUGCCACAAUAUCCACAGCAAAUAUUUGUACAAAUAGCAGAGCUCUUGGAUCUCUGUGUGCUGGAUAUUGGCUGCUUGGAGUACACAUAUGGAAUACUUGCAGCUUCUGCUUUGUACCACUUCUCCUCAUCCGAGUUGAUGCAGAAAGUUUCAGGUUAUGAAUGGUGUGAGAUAGAGGAAUGUGUAAAGUGGAUGGUUCCAUUUGCAAUGGCUAUAAGGGAAGUAGGAAGCUCCAAACUGAAACACUUUAGAGGCAUAGCUCCUGAAGACUUGCACAAUAUACAGACGCACAUAAACAGCUUGGAUUUGCUGGACAAAGCUCAAGCAAAACAAGCCAUAUUGGCUGAGCAAAAUAGGACUUCACCUUUUCCUAGCGGUGUCCUUACACCACCACAAAGUAGUAAGAAACAGUCUGCUAGAUUACAACCCAUAUGACUGGAAAAUAUUGACAGACAAUUUUGCUGAAGUGCCUGUUCUGCUGGUUCUAACUCCUGCUCCUAUAUGGAAAUGCUGCCGGUGAAGUUCAUAAGCUUUUAUAGAAUAUGAAAAGGAAACCUUGCCUUUUUGUGACAGAAGAUUUUUUCUAUAUGAAAUAUUUUUAUUGAACAUUAAAAUAUUUUAAAUAAAUGGAUCAAGUACACCAGCCACUUAAAAGAACACCGAAGAGUGCUCCAAAUGCUGCUAAGGAGGGUGAUGCUUGAUGUGACCAACUGUUCAGAAAAAGGGCUUGAAGUUUAGAUUAGUUACUGUGCCUGUCUGUCCAUUGGAAAUCUGGAGUCAUUCUGUUCCCUACUGACAAAUGGGCAUAAAUGCUGUGGAAGACUGUAUUUCAAAGCCUCUUUUUCAAAUGGUUGGCUUACAACUUGAUGCCUUU